CCCCGUCUCUCCUCAACACCGACAUCAUCCGUGGCUGCUGUCAAGGGACGCACUAAGCGGUCAGUCGCACAAACUACGGCACUGACAAAGCCAACAUCUUGAAAAACAUGCUUAACAAACAGUGACCGGCCCAACUGAAGUAACGACGGUGUUGUAAUAUCCCAAAGCAGAGAGUUUUCACCAGUAGACGUACCAGACCAGUGACUGUCUGCCAUGUUGUCCAGGCUGAGAACGACUUGGUCUCUGAGGCCAUGUGUGUCUGCUUACAGAUGGGCACAUACCAAAGAAAAGGGCAAGCCCCUCAUGCUCAACCCUCGCACCAACAAAGGAAUGGCCUUCACCCUACAGGAGCGACAGAUGUUGGGGAUACAUGGUCUGCUGCCUCCCAAAGUGGAGACUCAGGAUAUUCAGGCCAUGCGCUUUCAGAAUAAUCUCAAGAAGAUGACUGACCCACUGCAGAAAUAUAUCUACCUGAUGGGGAUCCAGGAAAGAAAUGAGAGACUUUUCUAUAGGGUGUUGAUGGAGGAUAUAGAAGAACUGAUGCCAAUUGUCUACACUCCCACUGUCGGCCUGGCCUGCACGCAUUAUGGACAUAUCUUUAGAAGACCAAAAGGCUUAUUCAUCUCCAUUCUGGACAAAGGACAUAUCCGUUCCAUCCUGGACAACUGGCCGGAGACUAAUGUUGCUGCAGUGGUAGUAACUGACGGAGAGCGUAUUUUAGGAUUAGGGGACCUGGGUGUUUAUGGAAUGGGCAUACCUGUUGGAAAACUUUGUCUGUACACUGCCUGUGCCGGCAUUAGACCUGAGAGAUGUCUGCCUGUGGUAAUAGAUGUUGGUACAGACAAUGAGACUCUCCUCAAGGAUCCGCUGUACAUGGGCCUGUACCAGAAACGAGACCGCUCCCAAGCCUACGAUGAUCUGAUUGAUGAGUUCAUGGAAGCUGUGGUGGACAAAUACGGGCAGGACACACUGAUCCAGUUUGAGGACUUCGGGAACCACAACGCGUUCCGCUUCCUCAGAAAGUACAGGGAGAAGUACUGCACCUUCAACGACGAUAUCCAAGGCACUGCAUCCGUAGCCCUCGCUGGUCUGUUAGCAGCUCAGAGAGCCAUCGGCAAACCCAUUACCGAACAUCGUGUGCUUUUUCUGGGAGCAGGAGAGGCUGCCCUUGGUAUUGCCAAUCUGAUUGUUAUGGCCAUGGAGGAGAGUGGGAUGACCCAAGAAGAGGCCAGAAACAAAGUCUGGAUGUACGAUAAAUACGGCUUACUCGUAAAGGGAAGAGAACAGGAAAUGGACACUAACCAGCAGGCAUUCAUCCAUGACAGUCCAGGGAAUGUACAGAGCUUCCUAGAUGCUGUAAACACCAUCAAACCCACAGCCAUCAUCGGUGUGUCAGGAGCUGGACGUCUGUUUAACCAUGAUGUGAUCAAAGCCAUGGGAACCCUGAACGAACGACCAAUCAUCUUUGCCCUGAGUAACCCCACCACUAAAGCAGAGUGCACAGCUGAGGACGCCUACAAACUAACAGAAGGUAGAUGUCUUUUUGCCAGUGGCAGCCCGUUUGGUCCAGUGACUCUGAGCGACGGCCGCGUUAUUACACCGGGACAAGGGAACAACGCUUACAUCUUUCCAGGUGUGGCCCUGGCUGUGAUCCUGAGUGGAGUGAGACACAUCAGUGACACAGUAUUCUUGGAGGCUGCCAAGACUCUUGCAGAGCAGCUGACGGAUAAAGACCUUGAAGAAGGCAGACUCUAUCCUCCCCUCUCCAACAUCAGAGAGGUCUCUCUCCAGAUGGCUGUCAAGGUGGUUGAGUACGUCUAUGCUAAAGGCAUGGCGUUCCGCUACCCUGAGCCUCUGGACAAGAACGCCUUUGUGCGCGCUACUGUGUGGAACACCAGCUACGACUCUUUCCUGCCAGACACCUACGACUGGCCAGGUGUCACCUUCAGCCCAAAGACUAAGUCGGGCUAGAUUAGAUCUUACUGGUGCCCCGAGCGUUUUUUCCACUUUAUGCUUAAUCACAGAUUUGUUUAAGAUCAUUGUUAGUUUAGUGCAAAUGUGCAUUUGCUUUAAACCAGGUCUUAAUCGAUCUGUGAAAAGUUUGAGUGGGAAAAAUUAUUAUUUGAAUAAGAAUAGACAGUUUCACAGUAUAGUUCUCUAUCAUCCACAAAAGUGGAGAGCCACCUAGUGGUGGCAAAGGCAAAUGUAGAAAUCUGGUUUCGCUCCUGAAAUUCAGAGAUAUAUUUUAAUUAUCUAGAGUCUGCUUUGAAAAAAGGAACAUAUUAUGAAAAUAUGGAAUGUCACACUUAAUUACACUUCUAUAAAUUAUAUGACAUUGUUCUUGAGCACAUAAAAACACCAGCAUUAAUAAUUAUAAAGGCAAAUUAGGUAGAGAAAUUAGAUUAUGCUGCGUAGUAAACAAAAGGGACAAGUGUGUUACUGCUGAAGGUAAAAUGUUCAGACAGAGAUGACUGAUGACUUGUUUUUGGUCCUAAAUGACCUAGAAAUAUAUUACCUUCAUGAGAAAAGGCCACAUAAUACUAUUUAUCCUUUUCCACUCAUUUUAAAGUGUUUUUAGUUUGUUUUUAGUAUUUUUUGUGUACACUCCUGAUGAUCCAUUUGAUUAGAGCAAACACCACCAUUUAUUUUUAGUUCACUUACUUACUAUUCUAAUAAGGAGGACGAUUUCUACAUUACCGUUUCACAUCAAGUGGAUCUCAGUUGUCCAUCAGUGCAAACUAUUUUUUGACUAAGGCAUCGAGCAGAGCAGCACAGAUGAAAGACCUUGCCUUUUGGGUUUAAACUCGGAGAGAAAAGUAGAAAACAAAGAGGAGUAGCAGAGAAGAACUUUAGAUCUCUUAUGAAAAUUAUGAGAUUUUAUGAAGGGAAAUUAGAUGAAAUUUAUACAUUAAAAAAUAGUGAAGGUAUCCUUUAACUAGACAACAGCUGAACGCACACUCCAGCCUUUUUUAUUGUCAAAUCACAUCGUAUUUAUUUCUGUGAAUUUGCUUUGUUUUAUUUCACUUUCAUUUGUUUUGUAAAUUAUCAACACUCCUUUAAGCACGCACCCCUUCAAUCAACCUGCUAUGCAUAAGUGUUUUAUACAAAUCGAAUAUGAACUAUACCCCAAAUAUUUAACAAAACAAUGUGCAGUGUCAGAUGAUUGGAUAUUUUUGAUUUAUUUUGUCGACACUACAUGCACUUUUAUUUGGUAACAGAUGGUCUGCUGAGUAUUCACAAGGUAACAAACAACACAGUGAAGAAAGAGAUUAAGUUCCCUUGUGCAACAAUUCUGCUUUGCUUCUUUCACUGUGAGCUAUUGAAACAUGAUGUUAGCAUAAACAUAUCGUGACCAAAUAGCCCUGCUUGCAGUAGCAGACCUCUCAAAGUUAGAUGCAUUGUAUAGACUGGCGAAUAUAUAUUUGUCAUAAAGAACCAGUCAUCUAUACUACACAUUUUCCAGGUACAGCAUAUCUUUUUGUAAUAGUCUACAUCCAUGUGGCAAUUUGACACACAUUGCUCUCAUAUCUUUAGUUUUCGCUCUGAAAGAUUGCUGCAGGGCAUUAUAGCUUAAAAACUGCAGCCGUGAGACGUGUCACUGACCAUGAAUUGAGAUUUUCACACACUUCUUUGCAGCUAAAAUAUUUUUGUUAGUUAACAAGUAAAUGAUUAUAAUCAUCUCAUUUGUGCACUCCUGUGCCAACGGCAUUGGCAAUAUUGCAUUUUACCUUCUGAUCACCUGCACUGAAGUGCCUGCACAGUUUCCAGUGGGUUCCCAGUUCAUCCGUGCUCCUUGGAGACCUCACAACAUGCUCAUGUAUCUCUGUUGUAUUUCCGUGUAUUCAGCUUGUGAGCACUUACUCUACGUUAUGGGCCAGAGUUUUCUACUGAUGUCAUCUACUUUUACAGUAGUUUUAUUUAAAAAGAAACUAUAUUUAAAUCUUAAAUGCAGUCGCACGUGUCUAAAUGUUGUUAUUGUUGCUAAGUGUAAUCAUCCAGUGUUUUUACUGUAUUUUGUCAGUUGGUUGUGAUUCUUGGUGUUCCCAUCAGGAAACCAUUUUUCGUUGAAGUGUGUGUUCAUAUGACGCUGUGCCCUUUGAGUCUGUUGAAGUUUAUUUUUGGUACUUGGUAAUAUCGCCUUAGCGUUUGUUACGCAGAGAGCAGUGUAACUUUGCUGCAUUAUUAUACUUGAUGUAUUAAACCUCCAGAAUAAAACCUAUUUUAUGCCGA